AUGUCACCGUCCCGGCAAAUCGUGCUGCUUCAUUCAGCGAUCGAUCCAAGAAGGAUAGGAAGGCAAGGCAAGCAGAUACUGAACUCAACACAUCAACACCGAGAACGGCUGAGCAGAGAUGCUUCCUUCGACGGCUCGCCCUGCAGGUGCCGCGGCGGCCUACACGCAGCCGCAGCUGAGGCAGAUGAGGGCGCAGUGCCUCGUCUUCCUUGCCUUCAAGAACCAGAUGGAGCCCAGGAAGCGGCACCUCGAGAUCGCGCUCGGUGAGGAUGACAUCGACGGAGCCGGCUGCCACGGCGAGACGACGACGACGAGCUCACCUUCUCAAGCCUCGUCGUCCUCUGCCGCACCGUUGCCGCUGCCCCACCUUCUGCCCAUCUCCUCGCUGCGGCUGUCUCCGCCGCCGUCGGAGACGGAGCAGGAGCAGGAGCAGUUGAGUCACCACCGCAACGACGACCCUGAAGCAACAAAACACGAGUAGUUUUGAUUGAUGGUUGUAUUCUCUUCUCGCCCCGACUGGGCCAUCGACCGUCGACCAAAAAAUGAAUGAGUUUCCGUUCGGAUACAAUACAAAGUGUUUUUCUCCUACA